AUGGUCCUCUUCACAGUGGUCCUCUUCACAGUGGGCCCCUUCACAGUGGGCCUCUUCACAGUGGGCCUCUUCACAGUGGGCCCCUUCACAGUGGGCCCCUUCACAGUGGGCCCCUUCACAGUGGGCCUCUUCACGGUGGUGGGCCCCUUCACAGUGGGUCCCUUCACAGUGGGCCCCUUCACAGUGGGUCCCUUCACAGUGGGCCCCUUCACAGUGGGCCCCUUCACAGUGGGCCUCUUCACAGUGGGCCCCUUUACAGUGGGCCCCUUCACAGUGGGCCCCUUCACAGUGGGCCCCUUCACAGUGGGCCUCUUCACAGUGGGCCUCUUCACAGUGGGCCCCUUUACAGUGGGCCCCUUCACAGUGGGCCCCUUCACAGUGGGCCCCUUCACAGUGGGCCUCUUCACAGUGGGCCUCUUCACAGUGGGCCUCUUCACAGUGGGCCCCUUCACAGUGGGCCCCUUCACAGUGGGCCUCUUCACAGUGGCCCUCUUCACAGUGGGCCCCUUUACAGUGGGCCCCUUCACAGUGGGCCCCUACACAGUGGGCCCCUACACAGUGGGCCCCUACACAGUGGGCCCCUUCACAGUGGGCCCCUUCACAGUGGGCCCCUACACAGUGGGCCCCUACACAGUGGGCCCCUACACUGUGGGCCCCUUCACGGUGGGCCUCUUCACGGUGGGUCCCUUCACGGUGGGCCUCUUCACGGUGGGCCUCUUCACGGUGGGCCUCUUCACGGUGGGCCCCUUCACGGUGGGCCCCUUCACGGUGGGCCUCUUCACGGUGGGCCUCUUCACGGUGGGUCCCUUCACGGUGGGUCCCUUCACGGUGGGUCCCUUCACGGUGGGCCCCUUCACAGUGGGCCCCUUCACAGUGGGUCCCUUCACAGUGGGUCCCUUCACAGUGGGUCCCUUCACAGUGGGCCUCUUCACAGUGGGCCUCUUCACAGUGGGCCUCUUCACAGUGGUGGGCCUCUUCACAGUGGGCCCCUUCACAGUGGGCCUCUUUACGGUGGGUCCCUUCACGGUGGGUCCCUUCACAGUGGGCCUCUUCACAGUGGGCCCCUUCACAGUGGGCCCCUUCACAGUGGGUCCCUUCACAGUGGUUCCCUUCACAGUGGGCCCCUUCACAGUGGGUCCCUUCACAGUGGGUCCCUUCACAGUGGGCCUCUUCACAGUGGGCCCCUUCACAGUGGGCCCCUUCACAGUGGGCCUCUUCACGGUGGGUCCCUUCACAGUGGGUCCCUUCACAGUGGGUCCCUUCACAGUGGGUCCCUUCACAGUGGGCCUCUUCACGGUGGGUCCCUUCACAGUGGGCCUCUUUACAGUGGGUCCCUUCACAGUGGGCCUCUUUACAGUGGGCCCCUUCACAGUGGGUCCCUUCACAGUGGGCCUCUUCACAGUGGGCCUCUUCACAGUGGGCCCCUUCACAGUGGGCCCCUUCACAGUGGGUCCCUUCACAGUGGGCCUCUUCACAGUGGGCCUCUUCACAGUGGGCCCCUUCACAGUGGGCCUCUUCACAGUGGGCCUCUUCACAGUGGGCCUCUUCACAGUGGGCCUCUUCACAGUGGGCCUCUUUACAGUGGGACUCUUUACCACACAUUUCACACUACACUGUAUUUCUCCUCUGAAAAUGUAG